AGGACAUGUGGGUUGUCUCCGCACCAAAGAAAUGAACUCCUAGAACGGCCUCUAGGGGAAGGGGGCGGGGAGGCCACUUCCUUCCUUCCUUCCUUCCUUCCGUCCUUCCUGGCCCCAUCGGCAGCCCCUUCCCGGAAACCUUUUCACAGUCAGAGGCGACCCAAUAGAAGAAAAGAUGGAAGAGCAGGACCUAGGAGGACCUGGACUUGGCAAGAGAGCAAGGAAGGACCCCCAUCUCCUCCAAGCUAGCACUGGUGUUGAAUUCUGGGAGAGAGCCAUUCCAGAGGCCUGGGAUCAGGAGACCGUGAACUCAGAAGUACUUUGCCGACGCUUCCGGCAGUUCUGCUACCGUGAUGCUGAUGGGCCCCGAGAGGUUUGCAGCCAGCUCCAUGGGCUUUGCAAGCACUGGCUGAAGCCAGAGAGGCAUUCCAAGAAGCAGAUGCUGGACCUGGUGAUCCUGGAGCAGUUCCUGACCGUCCUGCCCCAGGAAAUGCAGCGCUGGGUGAGAGGAUGUGGGCCGGAGACGAGUUCCCAAGCUGUGGCCCUGGCCGAAGGGUUCCUCCUGAGUCAGGCAGAGGAGAAGAGGCAGGCAGAACAGUUUCAGAUGUUGGGUCUGUCCAUGAAGAUGGAAGUUAAGCUGGAAAGACCUCCGUUGGAGGAAGGGCAGCUGGGCCAGGGCCAGGAAUGUGCCCAAGAUGCCCUCUCUCAUGGCAGUGAUGAAGCUGUGUUGAUGUAUUCCGGUUGUAGAGGUGUGAGAACAGCGGCUGCACCACCAGUCCAGUCUCCAGUUUCUUUUGAGGCCGUGGCCGUGUCUUUCACAGAGGCAGAGUGGGCACUGCUAGAUCCAGACCAAAGAGCUCUUUAUGAGGACGUCAUGCUGGAGAAUUAUGGGAGCGUGGCUUCUCUGGGGGAUGAGCAGUGGAAUGAGGGUGAUGGGACAGUGCUAAGUAAAGUCCAGAACAAAGAUUUGGAAGGAAUCUUCAGGAAUCGAGGUGGACCUAAUAAGCAGACAGGAAGUCACAUGACUGAAAACAGGGAUAAACCCAUUUCAUGCCAAGAGCAGGAUUUCAAUGAACUAAUCCAAACAGCAGAGGAAGUGCAUAAGUGCUUAGAAUGUGGGAUGACCUUUUCUGGUCAAGGCCAAUAUGAAAUCCAUGUGCAAAUGCACAGUGGAAAAAAGACCCAUCAAUGGUUGGAUUUUGGAAAGAAUUAUGUUCGCAGAACAGAACGGCCUAGCCAUCAAAGAAGGUAUAAAGGAGAGAACCGUUAUAGCUGCACAGACAGUGGCAAGAACUUCUCACAAAAAUCAGAUCUUUCUCAGAACCAUUGUGGGACUCAUUCCGGAGAGAAUCCGUUAAUUGGCAUAGAGAGUGGAAAUGCCUUCUCUGGCAUAAGAAAGUGUAUUGUACAUCUUCCAAAGCACAGUAUGAUAACGGCACAUAAAUGUUUUUGGUGUGGAAAGUUUUUCAGCUGCAGAUCAAAGCUCCUGGUGCACCAAAGAACUCACCCAAAGGAUAAACCUUUUGAAUGGUCAGAGUGUGGGAAGGGAUUCAGUCAGAGUAACACUCUUCAAUGGCAUCAAAGAACUCACACAAAGGAGAGACCAUUUGAAUGUUCAGAGUGCGGAAAGAGAUUCGGUCAGAGUAGCACUCUUCAAAACCAUCAAAUCGCUCACACAAAAGAGAGACGUUUUGAAUGUUCAGUGUGCGGAAAGAGAUUCAGUCUGAGUGGCACUCUUCGACGGCAUCAAAGAACUCACACAAAGGAGAGACCUUUUCAAUGCCCAGAGUGUGGAAAGAGAUUCAGUCUGAGUAGCCAUCUUCAACUGCAUCACAGAACUCACACAAAGGAGAGACCUUUUGAAUGCUCAGAGUGUGGAAAGAGAUUCAGUUGGAAUAACAGUCUUCAACUGCAUCAGAGAACUCACACAAAGGAGAGACCUUUUGAAUGCUCAGAGUGUGGAAAGAGAUUCACUCAAAGUAGCAAUCUUCAACGCCAUCAGAGAAUUCACACAAGGGAGAGACCAUUUGAAUGUUCAGAGUGUGGAAAGAGAUUCAGUAUGAAUUGCACUCUUCAACGGCAUCAAAGAACUCACACAAAGGAGAAACCUUUUGAAUGCUCAGAGUGUGGAAAGAGAUUCAGUCAAACUAGCAAUCUUCAACGCCAUGAGAGAACUCACACAAAGGAGAGACCUUUCGAAUGCUCAGAGUGUGGAAAGAGAUUCAACAUGAGUGACACUCUUCAAAAGCAUCAAAGAACUCACACAAAGGAGAGACCUUUUGAAUGCUCAGAAUGUGGAAAGAGAUUCAGUCAGAGUAGCUAUCUUCAACAGCAUCAAAAAACUCACACAAAGGAGAAACCUUUUCAGUGCUCAGAGUGUGGAAAGAGAUUCAGUCAGAGUAGAACUCUUGAAAACCAUCAAAGAACUCACACAAAGGAGAGACGUUUUGAAUGUUCCGAGUGUGGAAAAAAAUUCAUUCAAAGUAGCCAUCUUCAAAGUCAUCAAAGAAUUCACGCAAAGGAGAGACCUUUUGAAUGCUCAGAGUGUGGAAAGAGAUUCAGUCAAACUAGCAAUCUUCAAAAGCAUCAGAGAACUCACACAAAGGAGAGACCUUUUGAAUGUUCAGAGUGUGGAAAGAGAUUUAGCCAGAGUAGCGCUCUUCGAAACCAUCAUAGAACUCACACAAAGGAGAGACCUUUUGAAUGCUUUGAGUGUGGAAAGAGAUUUAGUCAGAGUAGCACUCUUCAUAACCAUCAAAGAACUCACACAAAGGAGAGACCUUUUGAAUGUUCAGAGUGUGGAAAGAGAUUCAGUCGGAGUAGCCAUCUUCAAAGCCAUCAAAGAACUCACACAAAGGAGAGACCUUUUGAAUGCUCAGACUGUGGAAAGAAAUUCAGUCAGCGUAGCACUCUUCAACGGCAUCAAAGAACUCACACAAAGGAGAGACCUUUUGAAUCUGCUAGAAAACAAAAUUGCACCUGAAGCUGCCUGCUAGUGCAGAGCUCCAGAAAAAACUUUUUUAUACCUAGGAAUUGUUUUUUUAAAAUGGUAUUUUACACCCCACCCAGCUUUUAUAACUUAUGGAGCGUUGGUCUGGGAUGUGUGUGGUGGACCGGAACAGUUGGGCGUGCAGUACCUUCAUUUUCAGUAUAUCAUCUUGGGACGUGGUGGGCCUGCUGCGGUGGUGGCCAUACCUGUGAUUGAGUAGUCAACCAGCCCUCCUGUCGCAGACAGUGGAGGGGAAUACCCCCCUGGCCAGCGGUGCGGUAAUAACUGUGCAGGGGGCAAGUGACAGAGACCUCCAAGAGAUGACUGGCUGGCGGGCAACCACAACAGAUGACAGCCUGAGAAACAUUGACAGAGGGGAGCAGUGGCAGAGACCCUUGGAGAACGCCAUGUUCAAUACCAGUGAAAGGGUCUGGUGGCAGAUGCCCCCUAAUUGCAGUCAAUUGUGGCCGUCCACCCCCAAGCUACAACAGAGGUUGUCAAGCGUUUUGAACGACAAGGACAGCAAUGGAAGACGGCAUUGAGAGCGUCAUGGUUGGAUCAGGCAGGCUGCAUGGGAAGAUUCAGCAGCGACUGCAUUUGAGGCCCCCCUAGGUGGCAUCAGGGGGCCAUCAUGAGAAACUAUCCAGUGCCUUCUUGAGAACCUUUCUGACACCUACAGUGAAGGCCCAAAUAUAGAUGCAGUGUUAGCGCCAAGGAACACACUGUCGAUCCGUGGGCGGUGUGUGCAGCAGCGGGCCAGUAGAGAAGGCAUUGGUGUCUGCCACAGGAUGAAUAAGACCUGGGUGGGUGAGAGAGUGAACUGUUUCCUAGUCCUAUAUCCUGUAUAUGCUGUAGUGUUUUAAAUUCUUAUGGCUAUCCUGGCUGGCAAAAAAUUCUGGUGGAACAGGAACAGCUGCAGUAAGCUCACAGCUGAAGCAGAAAUAAAAGGCUCUUUGGUGAAAAAAGACCGUUUAUUCAGACAUCUUAGAA